AUGACUAAACUAUGCGACUUGCUUGGCUCUCGAUCAGAGGUCAUGUACGAAUGCAUGUACACUACACACAAGACGCAGAAGCGCAAGAUCUGGCACGAUGGAUUCGUAAGGCUUUAUUCCUCGCGAAAAAUCAUCGUGUACGCUGACGAUGAAAGAAAAGCAGGGAAAGUCAUUGACGAAACGAAAUUGUCUUUGGUCGAUUGGGAUUGUAAGGAUGAAGAGCAUAUUGAGACGUCCAAAUUUCUAGUUGAGAUUGUCAACGAGACGCCAGUCGAUGCUACUUCUUAUACGAGUACAUCUGUCAAUACAGCUCAACAGUCUUCUCGUAUGAAUCAUUUGAGACCUCAUGCCGGACUGGAAGGAAAAAUGCGCCUCUCUAACGCCAAGGUUCGCACCCCAGUGAAUCAUGAUGUUUCACGGCAGUGUAGACCAGCUCGAGUCGGACAAGGAUACAAGAAUCGCAAUAUAUCUACUACAUCUAAUGUGUCAACUUCACGGACUUUCGAGUCGCUUUCGUUCGACUUUGCUCGUAAUCCAACGUCUGAAUGGAACUACGUUCCACACGCAAUCAACCGAACUCCUGACGAAGUGCUCGCUCUGCUAGAAAUGUGA